CCAGUGCUCGGGGCCCCGGUAGGGGGUUGCGCAGACGGAGGCGGGAAGCCCUGAAAUCCUGGGGAGUCCAGACGUACGGGGGUGUCUUUACCAUCCAGGACAGCCCAGCGGGCAGCGGGAGUGGGACGACCGGGGACGAGGACCCCAGUGGAAGCGCCAUCCCGACUUCAACUUCGGGGACGCGCCGACCUGGGGCGUGGCGACCUGAGUCGCGCACAUUCCCGGGCCCUGAGCGCUGCGCUCGGAAUAGCAGCCUGGGGUGGCGGGUGCUGGCGCCCAGUUCCAAGGUCACCAGCACCCACAGACUGGGACGCCGCGUGGGGGCGCACGGGGGCCACUACCCUCCACAGCGCGCCCUGCGUUCCUCUGCUUCCGCUAGUCUGGGACACCCGGAGCAGGGAGCCUACCCGUAGCGCAGACGACGCCCUGGCUGUGCGCCACACCCCUGCGGAUGAGGCCAGGAGGCGCCAGCUGGACCCGAGCCAGAUCACCCCUCCCUGCUGUGCCCUGAUUGGGGAUUCCCUGCUGCCAGGAGGGUCUGGGGACCAAGAAGCUGGGGCAAAGCUGCAAGGGGCCCCAUCAGGGAGCCAGCUCCUGACCCAGUCCCCAUGGCCAUACCACCUGCAGGGUCUCAUAGAAUCAUGGACUGAUCCCAGCUGCACAGAUGGGGAAACUGAGGCCUGGGGAAGCAGAGUGGCCAGCCUCUGGCCACACAGGAAGUUAGAAGCAAUGAGGACCUGGAAAACGAGAAGAAGGGCUUAGACAGGUUUGGUUAGUUACUUGCCAAAAUCACACAGCCAGCUAGGGCAGAGAUGGGGUUCAGCCCCUGUCCUGCGGGUGCCAGCUGCGUGGGCCUCCUCUGCUACCCCAGACCCCGCCCCCUGCAGAAUCUCCUCUUCUUGCUAUGGACCCUUCUGAGCUGCAGCGUGGGGGGCAGUGUUCAGGGUCCUGGAGAGUGGACUCCGUGGGGGUCCUGGACCCGCUGCUCCAGCUCUUGCGGACGGGGCGUCUCAGUGCGCAGCCGCCGUUGCAUCCAGUUUCCAGGAGAAGAGCCAUGCUCGGGAGACAGCCACGAGUACCGCCUCUGCCAGCUGCCCGACUGCUCACCAGGGGCUCUGCCCUUCCGAGACCUUCAGUGUGCCCUCUAUAAUGGCCGCCCUGUCCUGGGAACCCAGGAAACCUACCAAUGGGUACCCUUCCAUGGAGCGCCCAAUCAGUGUGACCUCAACUGCCUGGCCGAGGGGCAAGCCUUCUACCACAGCUUUGGCCGCGUCCUGGAUGGCACACCCUGCAGCCCCGGAGCCCAGGGCCUCUGUGUGGCUGGCCGCUGCCUGAGCGCCGGCUGUGAUGGGGUGCUGGGUUCCGGCGCCCUCGAAGACCGGUGUGGACGCUGCGGAGGUGCCAAUGACACAUGUCUCUUCGUGCAGCGCGUGUUCCGUGACGCUGGUGCCUUCUCCGGGUACUGGAACGUUACUCUGAUUCCCAUGGGCGCCAGACACAUUCGCGUGGUGCAGCGGAGCCGGAACCACCUGGCGCUAAUGGGCAGUGAUGGGCGCUACAUUUUCAAUGGGCAUUGGGCAGUGAGCCCCCCGGGCACCUAUGAGGCUGCGGGCACCCAGGUGGUUUACACUCGCGCUGCGGGGCCGGAGGAGACGCUGCACGCGGCCGGGCCCACCACGCAAGACCUAGUCCUGCAAGUCCUCCUGCUGGAGCCCAACCCCGGCGUGCAGUUUGAGUUCUGGCUUCCUCGAGAGCGCUACGGCCUUUUCCAGGCGCAGGCGCAGGUGCUGGGCUGGGCGCUACGGCAGCCGCAGCCCCGUGAGGUGGAGCCUCAACCCCCUCAGCUCCUUGAACCAAGCCCCAUGACCCGUGAUCCAACCCGGGCCCCAGACCCCUGCCCACCCUGCCCUGACACACGUGGUCGCGCACACCGCCUGCUACAUUACUGCGGAAGCGACUUCGUGUUCCAGGCCCGCGUGCUGGGCAGCCACCGCCAGGCCCAUGAGACCCGCUAUGAGGUGCGAAUCCUGCUCAUUUAUAAGAACCGCUCACCACUGCGGAUGCGCGAGUAUGUAUGGGCGCCUGGCCGCUGCCCCUGCCCACCGCUGGCUCCACAUCGGGAGUACUUGCUGGCUGUCCGACGCCUCGUCAGCCCAGACGGCACCCAGGACCGGCUAUUGCUGCCCCACGCUGGCUAUGCCCGGCCCUGGAGCCCUGCAGAAGACAGCCGGGCACGUCUGGCCUCCAGGCGCUGCCCUGUCUGAAUGCCUGGGGGUGGCCUUCAACACACACUGCAAGAUACACCUGCCCAGGCUCAAACUUAGCAUAUUUCUCCUCUCACCCUGGUGUCCAGGAAGCUCAGAAGCAUCUUCCAUUUCCGACUAUGUGAUUCCAUGUCCCAGGUGGACACCUCUGCAUACAGUUGGAUUCACUGUCGUGAGCAGGCAGGCACUGCAGAGGGUACACUGAGACUGAGAAGACUCCGACUCUUACUUCCCCUCUCACCUUGGAUGCCAGAAAGCUCAUAGCUAUUCUACACUCAGAAUUUCUGUGUCUUCUUUCAUUCAUUUUGCAUCACGGUCCCAUGGUUAGAAAUAUAGACAAGCAUGUCCCAGAGGGAAACGUGCCUGACAAGGUGACAUAAUGUAUUUCCCCCUUUCCCCUGGAUACCACAAAGUUCUGUGCUUAACUACCUGACACUGCGUUAAUCCUGUUUUCUCUUUGCUACUCACAAUGCAGCCAAGUGUAUUUAGAGAUACCAACAGGAAUAUCCCUUUGAAGGCAUAUGUAACCAGGCACUAUCGAUUACUGAUUUCCCCCCUUGAUUUGGUGACUCGAAAGUUCAAACCUUAUCCUGGCUGGGUUUCUCCCAGUCAACAGAUUGCUCCCAUCACUGUGUUUAUUCCUAUUUAAUUAAUCUUUACAAGCACUUGAAAAGCCAGGUGUAGUGGUGCAUGCUUAUAAUCCGAGCACUCAGGAAGCUGAGGCAGG